AAUUAAUCCUAACAUCUCCAAAUUCGGGUUGUUUAGGCCUGGAUAACCGCUGCUUCUCCGAGCUGAACGACUUGGACCUGGACAACUCGACCUCUCGAUGCCAACUGAGGGCGGCACCGUGUUUCUUCGGAGAGCAGAAGACGAAGAGUUGAGACCGUACGUUAUUGUGAGCGAUCUGGGUAAAGGCAGCUUCGCAACCGUCUAUCGUGGAUAUCAUGAGGAAACGAAUCAAGCUGUAGCAGUCAAGACUGUGAAUCGAAGUGGGCUUAGCCACAAACUGCUUGAGAACCUGCAGGGGGAGAUAGACAUUCUCAAGGCUCUGCAUCACAGACAUAUAACACGGCUACUCGACAUUGUGCAAGGUGAACGCAACAUCUACCUCAUAAUAGAGUUCUGCGCGGGCGGAGAUCUCUCCAAUUAUAUCAAGAAGCGCGGCCGUGUCGAGGGCCUUGAAUAUGUGCCAUCCCCUGGUGUAGCACCAAUAUACUACCAGCAUCCAAAAACUGGAGGUUUGGAUGAGAUUGUUGUACGCAGCUUUCUUCGGCAGCUGGCCCGCGCCCUCAAGUUCCUGCGGAAGCGAAACUUGAUUCACCGGGACUUGAAGCCACAGAAUUUGUUGUUGAACCCCGCUUCCGAAGCAGACCUAGCGAAUGGGCAUCCGCUAGGAGUUCCAAUACUCAAGGUCGCCGACUUUGGUUUCGCCCGCUCGCUUGGAGAUAAGAUGAUGGCGGAGACGCUUUGUGGUUCUCCAUUAUAUAUGGCACCCGAGAUCUUGCGAUACGAGAAAUACGACGCGAAGGCAGACUUGUGGUCAGUUGGUGCGGUGUUAUAUGAAAUGGCAGUCGGACGACCGCCGUUUCGUGCGCAAAAUCACAUUGAACUCCUGAAGAAAAUUGAGAAUUCGAAAGGCGUCGUGUUCCCCGACGAGGAUCCGCAGGCAGUUGUCCGUGCAACAGACCGUGGCGAACAAAUCACUCCGGUACCACCAGACGUAAAGAAGCUCAUUCGUGGCUUGCUCAAGCGACUUCCUGCGGAGCGGCUGUCCUUUGAGGACUUCUUCGGCAGCACCGCAAUGGAAAAGUCAAAGUUCCCGAGACCCACGCGAGACGCGCCUCCUCCUCCACCCGCCGAAGAGUACGAGGCACCUGCUGGGCCACACGAGAUCCCUGAGCACCAUCGGAUAAUACCACCAGAAGUUUUGGACCCGAAGGCUAUGAUUCCGCCAAGUAAAUUCACCUUUCGGAGGCGAGACUCGGGAAUGGGCGAGAGUUCCUCACCGCAUCCAUCGAGAGAUAGUCGUCAAUCGCCCGCACAGAGCCCCCCAUCACGACUCGCGCCUCUGGCUACUGAGGGUUCAGACAUCCCCGGAGAGACCGAAGAAGACGGCUUGCUGAGGCGUGAGUAUGUUUUGGUCGACGACCGGAACGCCGUCGAAGUGCAUCGUGCAUAUGAUGAGAUUCAAUCCGCUCGCAAGCGACCUCUGCGGGACCGGAAGACUCCACAAUCUCCCGCGGACGAUACCCUGCCAGCUCCGUUUCCGACGUACGGGUCAACCGACUCACCGUCCCCGAUAAGCUUUCCGCCUCCUCCAAAUCCCAACGCCCCGCCUUCGUCCGGCUCACCUUCAAGCCUCGGAGCCCGUACUAACGCUCUGACACGCGCUUUGAAUGCGGCCUCGAAGAAGCUCUUUGGCCCGUCGACGUCGCCGUUGACCGCGCACUACGGAGGCUACACGUCCUCGUCGCCGCGGCGGCAGCAAAUAAUCUCUUCGGGCGGCGCAGGGCUCGGUCUAGACAUCGACGGAGUGCGCGACCCCCAGGAAGACGCGCUGCUGGAGUCGCUCGAGGAGCUUGCGCAGAAGACGGAAGUCUUGACUCGCUGGGCAGACGAGAUGUUUGAUUACGUCAAGAAGGUGCCGCAGAAGCCCUUGCCAGACCCCGAGAAGUUCGAGCGUCGAGAAGGCGAACCCGAGAGGCUCGCCGCUCGCCGGAAGAAUGCCGACUACCAGGCGCAGUACAACGCUGUCACCUGUGUGGCGCUAUACAUGCUCCUCAUGUCUUUCGGCCAGAAAGGCAUCGACAAGCUGCGAAACUUCCACGAGCACAUGCAAAUGCGGGACCCGGAUGGGGAGUAUGAGGUCAGCGAGGGCUUUGACGAAGCGUUAACGUGGUUCAAGGACCAAUUCAUCAAAUGUCAUGAUCGAGCAGCGUUGGUUAAGACCUGGCUGCCCGCACAGUACUCUGGCCCGCCAACGUUCCUGGACCAGCUAGUAUACGACCGGGCACUUCACUUGAGUCGGGCCGCGGCUCGGAAAGAAUUAUUGGACCAGGCCAAUAGUCCAGACGAGUGCGAGAAGCUCUACGAGGAAUCGCUCUGGUGCCUGUAUGCACUGCAAGACGAUCUUCUACAGACCGACAAUCCAUUCAUGGAAGAGGACCGUACCACAAUACAGACUUGGAUCAAGCGAACUAAGCUUCGACUCGUUCGUUGUCGCGUCCGCAUGGGCAUGAACGAUAGAGAGCGCCUGAAAGAUGCGCGCAUGGACAAGAACCUUGACGACGUCAUGCAUGACCCGGCACCUUGGGAUAUUGCACGAAACGAGCCCCCACGGCGCGACGCAGUGUCCCAGCCUUCGUCGCUGCCCCGUUCAUGAUAUCAGCAUCCUGAACAAUUCCCACUAACUUCUUACCACUUAGACUUGACUUUUCCACCACUGUACUCUUCUGCUUUCCAUAUUCACUAUCCUCAUCGCAUUGGUAUGUCUCUGGCUCGUAGUUGAGCGAAAUGGACCGCAUACCAUUCGAUGUAUAUUUCAUAUCUAAUAUGUACAGGCUACGUACUACUCCGGCAUUAUUUAUAGUACUCCAUCAUCUUCACUUUCUUUCGUUAUAUCAUGUACUUUUAUUGCUUUGAUCCGCUUUGCACGCUGUACUAUAAAUCUCCAGGCUCUCAAUCGCAUCUCGUUCAUUCCGGAGUUACCUGGGCGCUUGAAGUGCU